GAACACCCAAACAGUAAUGCGGGGACGAUUUAGUCCCCUAUUGACCAGUCAAGGCUGUAUUAUGCAUUGGAGAGGGGAAAUGAAGACAGGAAGCUGGGUCAAGGAAGUCCUCGCCCCCCAUGCUGCCUCCCCACCUUCAACUGGUCUCCGGCAAAGCUUUGUGGUGUUGGUUAAAGCGCGGAAGGCAGCCUCCCAACGCCAAGCCUCGGAAAGCAUGCGAGAGCGGGCGAAUAAAUUGAAUGCAUGUGAGGGAGCGAUUAGAGCGAAAGCCACCGGGAAACUCGAAAAGGGUAUCAAUAUUUACAAGUACUUGAACCCAGGCGAUGUUGGGUUGAUUCUAGAACGGGCUGUGAAAUGUGGAGAUUGGACUAUAGCAGAACACGUACUAAAGUAUGGAGGAGAAAAUUUUGAGUCCUCCUUGAAUGAAACAGAGAGUGUCAUUAUGCGUUGCUGUCGCCAGGGGAAACCAGAGCUAGCCAGCGCGAUCCUGCAAAAAUUGUUGGCGCGUGUCGAAUUGGCAGAUCCACCACCCUCCAUAUCACUUUCUUUGCGCUCAUCAGCGGCUUCUGCGUACAUCGUUUUGUUGCGCGCAUUGGGUAAAUCCGGGCGUUGGGAGGCGUGCGUGGAGCUGCUGAAGCGUCCCUCUCUACCCCUCGCCCUCUCCUCGGAGGCUUGUUUUGAGGCCGGCAUAAAUGCGUGCGGUCGGCAACAACGUAUAGACGAAGCGCUGGACUUACUCGAACAUUUUCGCCGGCACUGCAGCCAGAAGGAUAUCUUGAAGAGCUCCUCCUGUUACAAUGCUGCCGUCAAGGCCUGUGCUCGUGUCGGCGCUUUCGGUAGGGCCCGGGACGUCAUUGAAGAAGCUCGUAGAGAUGGCUUGCAGCCCUCAUUGGCGGCAUUCAAUGCAAUUUUAGAGACGUGCAGCCGUCUUGGGGCCUGGGAUGAGGGCUCAAAAGUUCUGGUGGAUAUGCGACAAGCCGGCGUGGACCCCAACGAAGACAGCUAUGCUUUCACGAUUCGGGCGUGCGUCGCGCUUAAGCAAUGGAAGCAAGCUUUGUUUUUGUUGCGAUCAAUGAAAGAUCAUGGGGUUUUCCCUAACGAGCACUGUUACAUAGCCGCGAUCGAGUCGUGCUGUCGGGGUGGGCAAUGGCACAGCGUGGUCCAGCUCUUGGACGGGAUGCGGGCGAAGGGCCUCGAGGCCCCGGAGAGCGUGUAUCUGGUCAAGAUCCUCCCAGCUCUUUCUCGCGCCGGUCGAUGGCGCGAGUGCAGCGACACUUUGGACCGGAUGAAGCGACAAGGGUUGCGAGUUCCGUUGGAGGCGCAUCGCCUAGUAUUGCUGGGCUACCGCCGUUCGGGGCAGUGGCAGAAGGCCCUCAAGGCGCUGCGCAAUCUGAGGCACCUCGGGCUUGCCCCCUCCCUCUCUUGCUAUGAGAUUGUGCUUGAUUGUUGUGCACAGGGACGUCGAUGGAUGGAAGCAAAGGAGCUCUUUGCUGAGAUAGAAGUGGAAACUCCCACGGGGCCGUCCCUGACUUGCUUCCACUCCAUGUUACAACUGUGCGGGAAGACAGGCAGAUGGUCCGAAGCCUUGCAACUCUGGAGCAUCGUGCACCGCGAGCAUAUGCUCGCUAUCGACAGAAGAGGAAAUCGCCCCUCUCAAAGUGCUGCUAUGGAUGUAGAGCUUGUGUCUGGCUGCCUGAAGGGGGCCUUGAUGGCGUGUCAACAGGCCUCUCAAUGGACCGAAGCGCUGUCUUUGCUGAAGCAGGAAGAGGAAAGGGACCAAACGAGUAGAGUUUUGAGGGACAUGAAUCCUGAAACGUUGACGCAAUGCUAUGCGCUGACGCUUGCUGCCUGUGCGAAGGCGGGCGAAUGGGAAUGUACGACAGAGCUGUUGCGUCGAACGCCUCGUCCGGAUGAGGCGUGCUAUGAGGCCGUGUUGGAGGCCUGCGCGCGAAGAGGAAGAUGGGAGGAGUGUCUGGCACUGUUGCGAGAGCUUAGAAGUAAAGUAAGCAAGGAAAAAGAAAUGGUAUUGGAUGCUGGCAUGUAUCAGUUGGCCAUGUGGGGAUGCAUAAAUGCAGGACGCGCGGAUGAGGCGGUGGCCUUGAUGGAGGAAAUGGUCGCGUGCGAGGGGCUGGUGCCGACAGCUCGGACUUAUGUGACGUACUUGAAAGCACUCCAGCGCCAGAAAAACUGGCAAAAGAGCGUCCGCGCCUUGAUGCAAGGGCGCCGGGAGAACGUACUCGUGCUGAAAGAGAAUAGUGACAGGACCGCGAGUCAGGAACUGCUUGCCUGGACGACUGUUUUGCAGACAUGUGGCCGCGAUGGGCAAUGGCAAGAGGUGUUAGAUAUUUUGUGCGAGUCAUCAAAGACGACUGUUGGCGGUUCAGUGGGCUCCGAGGUCAUUUGUCGCCGCGGGGUGCCUCUAACAGUUGUGGAGGUCUUGCUUGGAACAGGUCGACUGCGGGAAGCCAUACAAUUUUUGGAAGGACUGGCGAAAGACGUUGGUGUGAUCCCGCCUUUACCGGUGAUAAAUCGACUGCUAGGAGGACUGGGAGCCGCCGGAGAAUGGAGUCUCUGUCUGGAACUGCUGCUUGGCGUUGACGGGGCAGAAGACGGCCCAGAGGGUAACAGCAUGAAAGCGCGUUUCCAUGUAUCCCCAGACGUGGCAUGCUU